GAGGUGACAUGCAGCUGCCACUAGCCCUGAUUAUGUGUGUUCUGUCCCUGCCUGGCACCACAGCUGCCAGAACAAUUAAGUUGCUUGCUGAGAUAGAGGACAUCCUGCUAAAAAACUUGUUUCAAGGAUACCAGAAAUGGGUGAGGCCAGUUAGAAACUCCAACGAUACAAUAAAAGUGAAGUUUGGACUUGAAAUCUCCCAGCUGGUGGAUGUGGAUGAAAAGAAUCAGUUGAUGACUACGAAUGUUUGGUUAAAGCAGGAGUGGAAUGACUACAAGCUGAGCUGGAAUCCAGAUGACUAUGGUGGCAUUAACACAAUCAGAGUACCAUCUGAGUCCAUCUGGCUGCCUGACAUUGUAUUAUAUGAAAAUGCAGAUGGACGUUUUGAAGUUUCCCUGAUGACUAAGGCUAUUGUGAAGUACAAUGGUACAGUGAGAUGGACGCCUCCUGCGAGUUACAAAAGUUCCUGUACAAUAGACGUCACAUUUUUCCCUUUCGACAAACAAAACUGUUCAAUGAAAUUCGGGUCCUGGACCUACGAUGGUAACCUGGUCGAUCUCAUUCUGGUGGAUGAAGAUGUGGACCGAAAGGAUUUCUUUGACAAUGGAGAGUGGGAAAUUUUAAAUGCCACAGGAAUGAAGGGGAUGAGAAGGGAUGGUUAUUAUUCAUAUCCAUUCAUCACCUAUUCCUUUGUACUGAGGCGCUUGCCUCUAUUCUACACAUUGUUCCUGAUUGUCCCUUGCCUUGGUCUAUCUCUUCUAACUGUACUGGUAUUCUACUCACCGUCAGAUGAAGGAGAGAAGCUAUCAUUAUCCACCUCAGUUCUGGUUUCCCUAACUGUGUUCCUUUUGCUUAUUGAAGAAAUAAUUCCUUCUUCCUCAAGGGUCAUCCCAUUGAUUGGCGAGUACUUGCUGUUUAUUAUGAUCUUUGUCACCCUUUCGAUCAUUGUCACCGUCUUCGUUAUAAACGUCCAUCACCGAUCCUCAACCACCUACCACCCCAUGGCCCCGUGGGUCAAAAAGCUCUUCCUUCAAACCCUUCCCAAACUACUGUGCAUGAGGGGCCACACUGAUCGCUACCACUGUCCGGAAAGUGCUGCUGACAGUCCAAAGGUAAAGCAAAAAGCGUUUGAGAAGCAUCGGCACAACGCAACAAAGAAUGAUGAAAAUGCAGCUAUGGUCGCGAUCUUAGCAAAGGCAGCUGAAUCGGUGAGAUACAUCUCAAGCCAUAUUAAGAAAGAGCAUUCCAUUCGUGAGGUUGUGGAAGACUGGAAAUUUGUAGCUCAAGUACUGGAUCGGAUUUUCUUAUGGCUGUUUUUGCUGGUGGCCAUUUUAGGAUCAGUACUGAUGUUUGCUCCAGCCCUUCAAAUGUGGGCAAGCAUUGUAAUAAUGCCCAGUGUAAACUAUAAUAAUUAAGCUGAGAUGUGGCACAUUGACUUUUUGCAUCUGGUUGGCAAAUAUUUAACUAUACUUUAUAGGAGGAAAAAGGUUUGAUAAUAAAACAUUUUCAUUAAUGCGUAAUAGGCAAGAGUUUCUGUUAAUUUAUGCUGGCUUUUUCAGUGCCAUUUGCCCAAAAUGGGCAAAAACAGUGCAAAAGAUUGAGGAAUUUCAAAGGCAAAUGACGCCCAGAGCAAAAUUUGUUUCUGUGAUCUUUUUGCCUUUUUUUAAAAAGCAAAUCCACUUCAGUUAUUUAAAAAGAAUUAUUCACUGUCAGUGAUUAAAAAUGUUUUUAUUGAUAAGGCCAUUUUCAGCUGUAUUUAUUAAGCUGGAGUGAGUUGGCAUGCCAGAAUAUACAGCCAUUGGUUUUUGAUGCCAUUUUUAAAAAAACAAAUUAUGUUCUAAACCACAGUCUAAAUGCUCUAGUUCAAGGCAGAUUUUAUGUUUGGUGAUAUGCAAAUGAGCCUGAGCAGAAAAUUGAGCAAGCUAAAACCCCUCUGAAAACUAGUGCAACUUGUACCCAGUUUGCCGAUUACACCCAGAGCGGUACCUCUUGACCAAUUAUAUAUGUUACACAAUAAAAUCACGUUUUAACUAUCUUAUUUGAAUAAUAGAAUGUAAAAACAACAGCACAUACUGUAAUUCAGCACCUACCAGCAAUUCUUGUUCUGUGGUCACGUUUAAUUUCAUUGCUUUAUGAAAGAAGGGUUUUCUAGCAUGAUAAUGGGAGUUAGAUCAAUCCUUGAUAACUAGACAACUGCUUAGAUAUUCAGAAUUUGAGCCACAUGCACAUAUUUAUUAUAUGAACUGUUUGAAUAUAUGUUUGACUUAAAGGAACAAGACCAUUUUGUAGAGCGAAGAAAUUGUAUUAAAAAUGUCAUUGAGACAUUAUGAACGACCAGAAUAAUGGAUUGAUUAAGGAGCCAUUGUUUUGUUAACAAUGUGUUAACAAUUAGGCAUUGAUAGUGAAAAGAAAAAUAAUCAUCAAAUUGGUUCAUCAUAAUGAUGUCUCAAGGAUAUCUUGGCUAUUUUAUUAUUCUGUUCAAUAGAUGGUGAAGCGGAUGUAGCUCUUGACAUUCACAGCAUGAUUCUUUACACAUGUCUCUAUCUUUCAGAAAAUAUUGAAGUGAGGAACUUCAGGUUUAUUACCAUUGAUUCUUGAGCAGUUUGACCACUCCUAUAUGAAAAACAAAGUGCUAUUUUGAUCCAGCUACAAACUAUUAGUCUGAGUCCCAGUCAGGAUUUCAGUGUCUUGAUAUGCAUGUAGGAGUUAUGCUAUGUUAGAGUAUGAGCUUUGUUCCUCUCAGCUAUAUUCAGCUAUGAACGCCCGCCCAACUUUCCACCUCCACUAACUGGUAUAUCAGCAUACUUCCGU